CAGCUAGAAAAGGGCUUAGAGGAACUUAGAAGAGUUGCACGUAUAAAUGGAAAGAAGAAUGCUGAGGAGACCCUGAGCAUUGAGUUUGUGAAAUCCAACCUGCAGGAGGAGUUUGAGGACGCCAAGGCAAAAAUAUCCAUUUUUCAGUUGUUCCACACACCCAGGCUGUGUAUGAGAAGCUGCUGCCUGAGUUUUAUCAAAAUGGCACUAGUCAUAGCCUUCUUCGGCCUGAUACUCAACCUGCAGCACCUGGGGAGCAACAUCUUUCUGUUCCAGAUUCUCUUUGGCCUUGUCACACUCCUCAGCAGAUUCGUUCCCUUCUUGGUAUUGAAUUAUCUGGGCUGAAAACAAAG